AUGAAACUGAUCGUAAACUAUUUUACAGAGUUUGUUGCGGCCGAUAUUGGAAGUCAAGAUUCAAUCACACGAAUGUUGUUGAUUACCGACUUCCAUGCGUACGGCUCACUGUACGAAUAUUUGCAACGUGGCGCAACGCUCUCCGUCAGUGAGGCGCUCAGUCUGGCGCACAGUGCUGUUUGCGGUCUUGAGCAUCUUCAUAGUGCCUUACGUGGUACGGGUACCCCUCAGAAGCCAGCCAUAGCGCAUAGAGACGUGAAAUCGAAGAACAUUAUUGUGAAACGUGAAGGUGUUUGUUGUAUCGCAGAUUUUGGUCUAGCACUCAGCGAGGACAUGCUAAAAACGAAACCGAAUAUCAACAUUCAAGUCGGCACAAAACGUUACAUGGCACCCGAAGUGCUUGAUAAAUCGUUGAAUGCCAAAAACUUUUACCACUUCAAAAUGGCUGACAUCUAUUCAUUUUCACUUGUUCUUUGGGAAAUCCUUCGGCGUAUUCAGGAGAACUCGCCGAUGCUACGAAUAUCAGAAAGUGAUAGUGGUAUCGGAAGUAGUGGAAGCGGUAGUGGAAGUGGUAACGGGAAUGGCACUAAGUAUGCGGCGAAUGCGCGUAACGGCUCGACAACAUGUGCAUCUCUGUCAUCUGCACUUCGACGUAAUGCCUCGUCGGGUGUUGCUGAUCAACGAAGAGCCAUCGAUAGCGAUGUGUCAGGCAUCUCAUCCGCUAAGUCUGCGGUUUCAGUUGUAGCCAGACCACCGGUGCAACCUUUCGAAGAUUUGGUCGAUUCGGAUCCGUCCUUCGAUCAAAUGCGACAUAUUGUCUGUUUGCGUAAAGAACGACCCUUGUUGGAGGAGUCGUGGAGGAAAGAUGCGUAUUUGAAGGAUAUUUGUGAGUUGAUGACCGAGUGUUGGAGUGAUAACAUCAACUGUCGACAUACUGCUUUGCGCAUCAAACGAAAAAUUUUCGAUGUCUUAAAGAAGCAUCAGGAAAUGCUGAGUCGUUCACCAACCACAUCAACGUUUCGCUGUGAUUCUAUUAUGACAUCCGCACAGCAGCCAAAUACCGCUCCUUUCACUAUUCAAAUGGAUCGUUCGCACUAG